AUGCAGCCACGAAAAGAAACCUACCCCGCGACCGAUGUGCGCAUACAGAGCGAUAUAGAGACAGACAAGGCUGGCUUGAGCGAUCAGGAAUCGCCUGCCAAACCCUCCGCACCGCCAGAUGGAGGCGCCACUGCUUGGCUUCAUGUCGUCUUGAUGCACAUUGUCUUCUUCAAUACGUGGGGUGUGGCCAAUGGAUACGGCGUCUUCCAGGAAUACUACUCUCGCACCCUGGGGGAGACGGAAUCCUCCAUCGCCUGGGUCGGGAGCGUCCAGGUCUUCUUCUUGUUUGCCAUUGGUGUGGCUGCAGGCCGAUUGACGGACGCUGGCCAUUUCCGCGUCACCUUUACGAUCGGCGUGUUUCUGCAGCUGUUGGGGUUGUUCAUGACUUCGCUGUGCACGACGUACUGGCAGAUCUUUCUUGCGCAGGCCGUCUGCCUCGGCAUCGGCAACGGGUGUACGUUUUGUCCCGCGCUGUCGAUUCUUUCGCAGUACUUUCAAAAAUACCGUGCUUUUGCGGUUGGCCUUGCGGCGGCCGGAGCGGCAGUUGGGGGUCUGGUGUACCCCGUCUUGAUUCACUGGCUCAUCUUCCACGAUGAUUUCGGCUUCCCCUGGACCCUGCGCAUCAUGGGCUUCAUCAUGCUGGCGACCUACCUACCCUGCAUAUUCUUAUUCAAGCCCCGCCUGCCGCCCAGAAAGUCGGGCGACUGGACAGACAAGUCGGCGUUUACCGAUGUUCCCUUUAUAUUCUUCUCAUUGAGCAUGUUUUUCAAUUUCUGGGGGCUGUAUUUGGCCUUUUUUUACCUGGGGACCUUUGCCCGCGACAAGAUUGGUAUCAGCGAGCCCAUCUAUUUACUCAUGGUUCUCAAUGGCGUCGGCAUCAUUGGACGUAUUGCCCCGACCAUCGUUGCUGAUAAAUGGGUUGGAAUGUUGAACAUGUUGAUCCCAAUCAGCUUUGCUGCUAGCUUGCUCGUCUACUGCUGGGCCGCCGUCAGCUCAGCGGCCGGACUCUACGUAUUCGCAGUCAUAUAUGGCCUGCUUGCGGCGGCGUUGCAGGCCCUCUUCCCAGCUGUUGCCACGACCAUGACCCCAGACCCGAGUCGAACCGGUACCAGAGUGGGCAUGAUUCUCGGUUUUGUCAGCUUCGCCAACUUGACGGGGCCGGCCAUAUGUGGUGCAAUCCUUCAAAAACAGGGGGGAGAUUAUAUGGGUGCACAAAUGUUUGGGGCGACGUCGAUUUUUCUUGGCGCGUCCAUGGCACUGGCCGCGAGAAUUGCCAAGGCUGGGACAGAUUUGAAACGAAAAGUAUAG